ACGGUCGACGACAAAAAUUGUAUUCGUCGUAUGUAUAUAAUUUGAGAUGGAUAUUAAUAAAAGAAAUCUUGACUUGCAGAAUCUGCAAUCCUAUCUGCAAACUGUAGACAAGGAAGUUACUAUGGUUUUACAAAGUUUACAGUGGGAUCGGAAACAUCUGUUAGAGGGUAAAGAUUUAGUGUCGUGUUCUCAUGACCCGAAUCAUAAAAUUCCACCAGAUAAAAGGGAGGAACAUGAGCGUAAUUGCAUUUUAUCAUCUCACGGGUAUUCGAGAGAGGAUGACCUCCUGCCAGACCCUGUGGAUCCUCAUGCACCUACACUCGUCAAGCAUAGUAAAAUGGAGAUUCAAAGUAUUAUACAAGGGGCUUCAAAUUCUGCUCCAAGCUUUAAAAUGGGUAAAUAUAGUCUUAAAUUUACUGGUAAACUUUCAUUACAUGAAAUACUGUGUAACAAAAUGAAUUAUUGUAUUUCAGUAUGGUUGAAAAUCUUCAUCUAUUUCAAAAUUGUAUCCUUUUGUGAAUAUACAUUUCUGUUUAACCCAAGGCAACCAGCCUUGCCUUGGGUUAAGCUUAUAACAACAAAACAUGUUGUUUGCCAGUCUUUUGUCUCUGGUCAGCAUUGCAUUUAUGGCCUUGUAAUAAUUAAGUACAAAACCAAAUCAAACAAUCACAUUCCUAUACACAUCGAAGGUGCUGGUAGCCCUGCCUCCCCGGAGCCCCUGAGCUUGUCGCGGCUGCAGGCCACGUACACUGCAGACGAACGGCGCGCCCUGCACGACGCCGUGGUGGCCGCAGCGCCUGAGCAGGGAGAUGUAGCGGAGCUCGCACUUAUGAGCGUGGAGGAGCGUACACAAGCGCGCGCGGCGUCAAAGCUGGAGCUACUAGCGCAGCUACGCGACAUGAAGCGCCGCCGCGCGCGGUACCGCGGCGCCGCCGGGUCCGCCAGGUACUCGGAUACGCUGCGGGACCUCAUCAAGACUCAGAUGGAGUUGUACACAGGAGUUAAAAAUGAACCAGAUGUUGAUAAAACUAGUGUUGGUAUCAAUUCGCAGACAAAUAGCAAACAACAUUCUGGGUAUGAACUCGGAAAUGAAGCGAUGCAAUCUCGUGAACCAAAUCAAAGUAACAAAGGCAGAGAAUAUGAUACCAAAAGAAGAGAACCAUCUAAAGAACAGGGCAGAUAUGCUAAAGCAGAAAUAAGAGCUAGAGAUCGCAAGCAAGAUUCUCGAAGCCACUGUAGCAAAGACAGGAACUAUGAAAGUUACGCGAAAGAAACUAGUUCCAAAUGGCAUAAAGAUAACGAAAGCUAUAAAACUCAUAAAGGACAUUAUAGAAAUGAUUAUGACUAUAAAAGAGAAGCAGGCUCCUCACAUUCCUCUAGGAGCAAUAGAUACGAUGACUAUGAAGUCAAACAAAAACAUAGAACAGAAAGUUACAGCAAAUCUAGAAGAGAAUAUUCACGAGAUAGAUCAAGAGUGAGAGUAAAAGUUGAAUCCAGUCCCAGCAGAUCUGCACAACAAGCUGCUUCUGUAGAAGAUAAAAAAUCUCGCUACGAGGAAAGCGAUAGGCGACGGAAAGAUUCGAAGAAAUAUUCGAGACAUAAAAGUGACAAAUCGAAAGUGGAAUCCAGUUCUGGUAAUACACAAGAACAAACAGUUUAUGAAAAAGAAGAUAGUAAAUCGCGACAUGAUACAAGUUAUAAAAGACAAGAGAAUGCAAAAGAACAUUCUAGAAGUAAGAAAAAUAAGCACAAAUCUCACAGGGAUGAUAGAGAGAGGCGUAGGAGUGCUGACAGUGAGCCAGACAUUAAACAGGAACUACACACAAGAUAUUACGAUUGCGAAGAUGGGGAGUGAUAUAAUGCAUUUAAGUUUUUGAAUGCAAAUUAUGUUGGUCAGUAAAAUAUAAAUACUUAAACAUA